CCUUCAAAACUCCUAUGCCAAAUAUAAAAUUUUUCAGUGGUAGUAGUCAUCCUGAUCUAGCUGAAAAGAUUGCUGAUAGAUUGGGAAUUGAUCUUGGAAAAGUGGUGGCAAAAAAGUUUUCAAACAUGGAAACAUGUGUUGAAAUAGGUGAAUCUGUAAGAGGGGAAGAUGUAUACAUAUUACAGAGUGGGUGUGGAGAAAUAAAUGAUAAUUUGAUGGAAUUGCUAAUUAUGAUAAAUGCAUGUAAAAUAGCCUCCGCUGCAAGAGUUACAGCUGUGAUGCCAUGCUUUCCAUAUGCACGGCAAGAUAAAAAAGAUAAAAGCCGGGCCCCUAUUACCGCUAAGUUGAUAGCCAAUAUGUUAUCUGUUGCUGGGACCGAUCAUAUUAUAACCAUGGACCUGCACGCUUCUCAAAUUCAGGGAUUCUUUGACAUUCCAGUCGACAAUCUUUAUGCCGAGCCUCCCAUUCUUAAGUGGAUAAAAGAGAAUAUUCCCAAUUAUCAAGAAUGUUGUAUCGUCUCACCCGAUGCUGGCGGGGCUAAAAGAGUUACAUCGAUAGCCGACCGCCUGAAUGUGGAAUUCGCCAUAAUCCACAAGGAGCGCAAGAAGGCUAACGAGAUAGCUUCUAUGGUGCUCGUAGGGGACGUUAAAGAUCGCACUGCCAUUUUGCUCGACGAUAUGGCAGACACGUGUGGUACCAUGUGUCACGCAACUCAAAAAUUAAUGGAAGCCGGAGCCAAGAGCAUACAUGCUAUAUGCACCCACGGAAUUCUAUCUGGCCCUGCGCUUAACAGGAUCAAUGAAUGCUCUGCAUUGCAAACUAUAGCAGUAACCAAUACCAUACCUCAGGAAAAUAACAUGAGAAUUUGCUCUAAAAUUAGGUGCAUAGAUAUAUCCAUGAUGCUAGCCGAAUCUAUCCGAAGAACUCAUAACGGUGAAUCAGUCUCGUAUCUCUUUAGUCAUGUUCCGUUGUGAAACUAUUUAAUUUUAUAAAAAAAAUUUACACAUAUUAUUUAGAUAAGUGGAUGAAUUUUUUGCAUAAAUCAUAUUAUACCAUGUUUUUUUUAAAUAGGGCAUAAUAUUGUGAUUGAUUUUUAUGUUUUUAGUGUAUGAUUUACAAUAUUUUUUAUGGAGUAGAUGAAUAGAUUUUAAUAUAGCAAAAAAAAAUUAAUUUUGAUUU